AUAUAAACUUAUAUCAUCAAACAUAUUAAGCCAAACAAAAUCUUCAAGUUCUCAUUUUCUUUGAGGUUUCAUAGAAAAUGUCGAGUGCUCAACACAAUGCAGGACAAUCUCAGGCCAAUACACAAGCCAAAACAGAGGAGUGGAUGGAGUCUGCUAAGAACACAGCACAGUCAGCACACGACAAGGCCUGCGAUGCAGCAAACAGUACUCAAGCCCAAGCCCAACGUAGCAAGGAAGAAAAUGCGGGAUUCCUUAAACAGACGGGAGAGCAAGUGGCUCAUAUGGCUCAAGGUGCCAUUGAUGGCGUGAAGAACACACUUGGAAUGGGUGAUAAGAAGUGAAUGGACAUUCAUGGCAUGUAACAUGCAUGCUCUCGCUGCUGGUUUCGUUUUUAUUUUUUAUUUUUUCUUUGUAAGAUUUUUUUAAUUUUUAUUUAGUUGUAUUGGGAUUUCUUAUUCAAGAUCAUUGCAUGAUCUAAUAAGAGCUUUGGCAAUGCUCGACAAUAGAUUCAUAUUUUCUUUAGAUACUUUUUUCUUGAUAAAGGACUUAUAUUUCAAUUAAUUCGAGAUUUCUUGAGAAAGGAUUCCCGACAACUCUAA